CGAACGCUGUUAGCUGUUUGCCAUCAUGUCUCCGGGGCUGGAGCUUCCAGCUGAAAUACAGCUAGCGCAGCGACUAGCCGGCAACGAGAAAACUAUCCGAGACCGUGCAGUGAGGAAGCUCCGGAGAUACAUCCGUGCCAAGACGGAAGCCGCCUCAGGUGGUUUCAGUCAUGAAGAAUUGCUAAAAAUAUGGAAAGGGCUAUUCUACUGUAUGUGGAUGCAAGACAAACCUCUCCUUCAGGAGGAACUUGGAAAUACAAUUUCCCAGCUUAUUCAUGUUUUUCAAAAUGUGGAAACCCAACACCUGUUUGUACAAACUUUUUGGCAAACUAUGAACCGCGAGUGGAAUGGAAUAGACCGAUUACGCCUGGAUAAAUUCUACAUGCUAAUGCGCAUGCUUCUGAACCAGUCCUUUGAGGUGCUAAAAAGAAAUGGAUGGGAGGAAAGUCAGAUUGAACUACUUCUGGAUAUGCUAAUGAAAGAAAUUUUGCACCCGGAUAGUCAUGCACCUUGUGGAGUGAAGUCCCACUUUAUUGAUAUAUACUUAGAAGAACUGACUAAAGUGGGAGCAGAAGAGCUUACAGCAGAUCAAAACCUGAAGUUCAUUGUUCCAUUCUGCAAAAUUGCAGCCAAGACAAAGGAUUCUACUUUGUUAUAUAAUAUAGUUGGAGGUAUCUUUGAAACAAUUUUGGAACAAGCUCCUUUUGCUAUUGAAGAUUUAAUAAGAGAAUUAAAUGCAACUCAAGAGGAAAGUGAAAUGUCAGAAGAUGAAUCAAAUGAUAUGACACUCAAAGGGUUACCUAGGAAGCAAAAGAAAGGAAAGAAAGGUGAAGAUUCCUCUUCAAGCGAAGAUAAACCAAAAGUAAAAAAGCGGAAUGAUGGCAAGAGACACAUUGGGCUUGUCCUUCAGUUUAACUAUGAGGAAAUUGCUGACAGACUGUUUGAAAUGGCCAGCAGACAGUAUACUCCUUCAUUGAAUAGGAAGCGUCUCUACAAAGUGGUCAGAAAGUUCCAGAGCCUUGCCGAAGGCAUAUUCCCUCAAGAUGGCCUUCCUCGGCGUAAAAAAUUGAACAAGAACAAGCUUAAGCAAAAGAAGAGUCGUUUGCCAAAAUCAAAACUACAAAAAGAGAAAGGUAAAAAAGAUGAAAAGCAGAAUUUGGAAGAAACUGUGAUUUCUGAGAAGGAUAGGUCAGGAACUUUGAAGAGAAAAGAAAUGAAUAAAAGGAAGAAUAUGAGUACUGAGUCUUCUUUUCCAGAUGAGAUAGGCAUAUCUGAUACAACUGUUCCCUUAAAUCCUCAAAACAACAGCUCAGGGCGGGCAUGUAAGAGAAAAAAAGGUCAAGGACCAAAAGCCACUAAAGCAACAGAUGGCUUCCAAGAGCCAAAUAAGAAUGAUGAAACAGUGACCCAAAAGAAUGGAAAAAAACAAGGAUUAACAGACCUUGAAGCGAAGCCAGCCACUGGCAAAAGCAAGAAAAAAGAUGCUUUUAAGAAGAUAGUGACCACGGAGCAGAAAAAAAAUAACUUGGACACCACACAUCAGAAGGCUUAUACAGAAAUUCCUAGUGUGAAAGGAUUGCUAGUACAUCCUCAUAUUUCUCCAAAGCCUGAAAGUAAUGACAUAGAUACCCCUAAAUUGGUCACAAAGCAAAGGAAGCAAGUUGUUAAUGGAAGCAGCCACAUUGCUCCCCAACUAGCCUCAAAAGUUUCAUCAGAAAUGGUCAAUCUGAAAGAAUUACAGUUAAGUAGAAUCAGUGACCAAGAGAUAGAGUGUCAGGAUAUAGAUACCACCAGAAUGAUAAAAAAGAAACAUAAGUGGGCUAAUACAAACAGUGUUGUUCCUCCCCAGCAAAAGGCCAAGUCAUCCAAGAGGGAAUUGGCAAAGAGUACAGAAAAUCCAACAGAUUGUGAUUUUCUUCCCCCUCCCAAAAAGCUAAACAGGAGUGUCAGUGGAUCAACAGGUUCCUCAAAGAAGAAAAAUAAGCGAAUUCCAUGUCUUCUAAGAACAAGGAUGCUUUUUAGAUCUCCAGGCAGAAGAAUGAAAAGAAACUCAAGGAAAGCUCUUUAAUGCUUUCUAUGUGUUAGGACUGAUUAUUUGGGUAGUUUUUGAGGAUUCCAACCUCCAAAAAGAAUAAGUAGAAAAAAUAUUUUCCAUCACAAGGCAAGUAAACAUUCCAGGAUAUCAUUAGCAAGGAAUCACAUAAAAUACUAUGUUUUCAGCAAUAAAAACUUUUGUGAUAUAAAAACUAGUUCAAAAGCAUGGUUUUUUUUUUGUUUUGUUUUCAUUUGAAAGGGCCCUUAGUAUUGGAAAGAAAUUGAAAAUACCCUUAAUGAAAAUGACUAUAAGAAAGGACUAGCCCUUGAAAACAUGAAUCUUUUGACCAAGGCCUUUCUAUAUUUUAUAUAAAGUAUUUGUGUUUACAAAUUGGGAUUAGCUCAUGAAAUAUGUUAGUGUCCUAGGUUUCUUGAAACUGUGAGUCACUUUCAAAAAUUAAAAUAGUUUGG